GGGAAGUUAUUCCGACAUCUAGGAUGGGACAUGAAGUCGUGUUUGUGUUGUGGCAAGGAAGGAAGGAAAACAGAUUAUGACAACUUUAUCCACUGUGUGAAUGCCGGGUGUGACGGUUUAUACUGCACUCUCUGUUUCUCCGACCUCAACAACAUGUGUACUGUGUGUAUGAACCCUGUUGAUUAUGGAGACCUCUCAGACUUCAGUGAAGAAAGAGAUUCCAGUGAUGAUGAAGAAGUUGCAAGGAUGGCACAAAUUUCACAGAGACGACGUCAAGAAAUCCAGCGUCUUCAAGAAGAACGGACACCGUCAAACAUAUUAGGAACGUUCCGUCAUCAACUCCAGAUAACACAGGAGUACAAGGAUUAAAUGAACACGAAUAUUUAGUAUCAAAAUCUGUCAAAAUGUUUAUAUCAUUGAGUAAAGUAAUCAUUGAAUGAAUACCUGCCCGCAUUGACGAUAGUUACAGCAAACUAUCUCUCUCUCUCACACACACACACACACGCACACACACAUACACACACGCACAGACGCGCACACACACAAUUAUUCAAUAAUAAUGAAAAAAAUGUUAAAUAGAAAAUGAAAAGUUAAUAAGUAAAUCUGCAGUUAUUUAUGUUC